CCGCGAGAGUGAGAGAGACGGAGCUAACAAACGCAACACAUACCAGAUUUUUUCCAAUUUUCUGCUGGAAAAAAAUAACAUACAAAGGAAUUGAAAGCGAGCCCAAAAGGGGAAGCCAUCAAGACGAUACAGAUAACGGAGAGGACUCCGAGAGUGUGAUGCAUUAAUGCUAAAGUCGUUCAGUGGCGGCAUUGGCGUGGCAUCCACGGGAGGAGGCACUGGAAGUGGUGGUGUCGGCAGCGGUGGCGGUGGGGGUGGAGGAACUGGAGGCUCUGGUGGCAGUGGUGGCAGUGGCGGAAGUGGAGGCGGCGGUGGAUCAACAAGGAGUGGGCGUGCCAGUUGUGGUCUGGGCUCCAGUUCCAUUUCCAGCGGACUGAGUGCCGUUUGCGGUUUUGUGAGAGGCGAGGAUCGAGGCACCUCCAGUGGCGGUAGCACACCGGCAGGCGUUAUCUAUUGUCCCGCCUGUGUGGCAGCAUCCGGCAGUCAGGGUCAGAGCACUAGCCCCGGCCAGAAUCCGAGCCCCCACCACGAGUCCUUCUUCUCGCGCAGCUCCUCCAAGUCCAGUAAGCGGCAAAAGGCCAGAAAGAGCGCCUCAACGGCAGGCUGUUUGGACGCCCAGCACAUUCGCUCCAAUCUGAGAAUGUCCACCUCGAGUUCCAUGCGCAGCACCAGUACCAGGGGCGGCGGCGGAGGUGCCGGCGGUGCCAGUACCAGUGGGGCAGCAGGCAACUCCAGUCUGGCGUCCUACGAUGCCGCAAGUAAUGCCAGCAGCGGCAGCGGCAGUGGCAGCACCAAUGCAGCCUCCCCCGGCAGCUACAGUUGCAAUGCAUUGAACGUUGACUUUAGCUCCUAUACGGCCACCCAUCAGUGGACCCGGAUGCUGGAGUGUGCUGAGUUUGUGGGUGCCAAGCGCAGCAAGCACACUGUGGUGGCCUACAAGGAUGCCAUGUUUGUGUUCGGCGGCGAUAAUGGCAAGAACAUGCUGAACGAUCUGAUACGGUUCGGGGUGAAGGACAAGUCAUGGGGCAGGGCGUGUGCCACUGGUACACCACCGGCGCCCCGAUACCAUCACUCUGCUGUGGUGGCCGGCAGUUCAAUGUUCAUAUUUGGCGGCUAUACCGGCGACAUACACUCCAAUUCGAAUCUGACGAACAAGAACGACCUAUUCGAGUACAAGUUCCAGAGCGCCAUGUGGGUGGAGUGGAUGUUUUCGGGCCGACAGCCGGUGCCGAGAUCGGCCCACGGAGCCGCCGUCUAUGAUAACAAAAUGUGGAUCUAUGCCGGUUACGAUGGCAAUGCCAGGCUGAACGAUAUGUGGACACUGAAUCUGACGGGCGAGAAUCAGUGGGAGGAGGUGGAACAGCUGGGGGACAGGCCACCGACAUGUUGCAACUUUCCGGUUGCGGUGGCUCGGGAUGCCAUGUAUGUAUUUUCCGGCCAGAGCGGUCUGCAGAUCACCAACUCGCUGUUUGAGUUUCAUUUCAAGACGCGCACCUGGCGACGCAUCUCCAAUGAGCCGGUGCUGAGGGGCGCCACAUCGGCGCCGCCAUCCCGCCGUUACGGACACACGAUGGUGCAUCACGAUCGAUUCCUGUAUGUCUUUGGCGGAUCGGCCGAUUCGACGCUGCCCAACGAUCUCCACUGCUACGAUCUGGACUCGCAGGUGUGGUCGGUUAUCCAGCCGGAGCAGAACUCGGAUGUGCCGUCGGGUCGAGUGUUUCACGCCUCGGCUGUGAUUGGUGAUGCGAUGUACAUAUUUGGGGGAACGGUGGACAAUAGUGUGCGACGGGGGGACACCUAUCGGUUUCAGUUCUCCUCGUAUCCGAAGUGCACGCUGCGCGAUGAUUUCGGCAAGUUCUUCUUGGAGAAGCAGUUCUGCGACAUCCAGUUCAUAGUCGGGGCCGAGGAGGUGCGCAUCCUGGCGCAUAUCGCCUUUGUGGCAGCCCGCUCGAAGUAUCUGCGCAACAAGAUCCUGGCGGCGCGAGUGGCCCUCGAACAGCAGCUACCGUUGGAGUUCUAUACUCCUUCGGGCGGAGACCGUUCACCCAUGCUGGAGGUUCGCUUGGCCCACGCUUCACCGGAGGCCUUUGACAUCAUCCUCAACUACAUAUAUACGGAUCGGAUUGAUUUAAAGGAUUCGUAUAACAAAAACAUUAUCAUUCUGAUAACGGACAUCUAUCAAUUGGCGGGGUUGUUCACCAUGCCGCGGCUGGCCCACGGCUGUAUCCAGUAUUUGGAUUACAAGAUCAACAAGCUGAAUGUCCUGGAGGCACUCUACAAUGCCGACAAGAGCAACAUUAAAAUCAUCAAGGAUCAUUGCAUGCAGUUCAUCAUCAAGGACGAGAACUUCACCGACGUGGUCAUGUCCAGUGAGUUUAGUGAUUUGGACAAGCCACUCCUGGUGGAGAUCAUCCGGAAGCGUUUGCAUCCCAGUAAGCUGGUAAUGGAAACCAGUUUCGAGUCAAACACUGGCACUACUCUGGAGAUCGAUCUGUGCGCCUUCCUGGAGACGACGGGCAGUGAUUUUUGUGACAUUAGCCUCAUACUGGAGGACCAUGUUAUUCCGGCCCACAAAUCUGUGUUAUCAUCACGUUGUACCUACUUCCAGGGCAUGUUCCGUUCGUUCAUGCCCCCGGAUAAUACCGUCAAUAUACAAAUUGGCGAAAUAUCACCAUCAUUGGAGGCAUUCCAUUCGCUAUUGCGUUAUAUCUACUAUGGUGAGACUAAGAUGCCGCCCCAGGAUGCACUGUAUCUGUUCCAGGCGCCGUGCUUUUAUGGUUUGGCCAAUAAUCGGUUACAUGCCUUCUGCAAAUAUUCACUGGAGCAUAAUAUCAACGAUGAGAAUGUAUUGCAAACGCUGGAGGCAUCGGACAUCACCAAAAUCUAUGACAUCAAGGAGUAUGCCCUCAAGUUGAUUGUCAAAGAUUUUGCCAAGGUGGCCCGAUUGCCGAAGAUAGCGGGUUUGUCGCGCGAACUGUUGCUGGAGAUCAUAUGCGCUGUGGCCGAUUCGCACGGCGAGUUUAUGACAAGGAUCAAUAUCAAUACCGAUAUCUGAAAGCUGGUUCUGCUCCAGCCGGCAUUGCAGUUGUUGCUCGCCUGGUUGCAAAUCGGGCGUAGCACGUAGUGCGGCAGUAGCGGUUGGCAGCGCCGAACUAAAAACCAUGAAAAAUCCCCAUUCAUUUCCUAAUCUAUGGAAUUAUUAAUUCUAUAUUCUACAUAUAUGCUUCCCUUUAUGUCAACACACACAAGUAUUAUCCCCAAGCACUUCUUGAAAUCCCC